AUGGAUCUCGCAAACGAUGGUGAUGAUGGCGGAGACGGACGCAAAUCCUUCGAUUCCGUUUCUUGUUCAAUCUGCCUCGAGAUUGUUUCCGAUCACGGUGAUAGAUCCUCCGCUAAGCUUCAAUGCGGUCAUCAAUUUCAUCUCGAUUGCAUUGGCUCGGCUUUCAAUGUAAAAGGAGCAAUGCAAUGUCCUAAUUGUCGGAAGAUUGAGAAAGGUCAGUGGCUUUAUGGUAGCAGCAGUCGAUUGUAUCCAGAAUUCAAUAUGGAUGAUUGGACACGUGACGAGGAUGCAUAUGAUAUUAGCUUUUCUGAAAUGUCCAUGGGAGUUCACUGGUGCCCCUUUGGUAACUUUACCCAACUUCCUUCUUCAUACGAAGAACGGGAAUUUGCAUCAAAUGCGUAUCAUGAUGCACUGGGAACACAUGCUAUGUUUUCCGAGCAUUCAGCUGUGUCUUCUGGUAAUCAUCCUUGUCCAUAUAUUGCUUAUGUUGGACCAAUACAUCCCUCCACCUCCAACUCUGGUGGAACUGUUUCAGAAGUUUCUAAUUUCAAUCACUGGAGUGGUCCACCUACACAUGGCGACAUGUCAGCAUCCUACACAAUUCCGGCGGUGGUUUUUCAUUAUCACAGCUGGGAUCACCAUUCCUCCCAUUUCUCUUCUGGCAGCAGCCAUCUCGGUGCUGCAGAUCAGCCCUCAGUAUCACAAAGUAAUCAAAGGCCAGCCAGGGGUGGUUCAGAGGUCCCUAGAUCCGGAUCUUAUAUGCAUCCGUUCCCUGUUGGACACAGUUCUAUUGCUCGAGCCGGAAACUCUGCUGCAUCUUCCAUGAUUCCUCCAUAUCCAGGAAGCAGUGCUCGUGCGCGUGAUAGAGUCCAGGCGCUUCAAGCAUACUAUCAACAGCAGCAACCUCCGAAUUCUACCACAGUACGGGCACCUGUUGCUUCCAGCACUCGAAGAUCCAACGGUCACAGUGGGUCAGCUUUAUUAGCAUCGUUGGCCUCAGCACCAGACCAAAGUGGUAGCUAUGUUUAUGUCCCAGGAGGACGCAAUUUUCAUGAAGAAACCCGUCUUCCAAAUCAAUUACAUGCAUGGGAAAGAGAUCACUUGCCUUCAUCGUCAUUAAACCAAGUUGGUAGAGAAUCAAGUUGGAGAGCAUACCAUCAGAGUGCUGGCAGGUCAGACCCAGGUUUCAUAUCUUCUAGCUAUCGAUUAAGGAGUGAUUCAGACAGAACACCUUCACAAAAUCGUUGA